CGCUUCCAGCCAUUCCAUUUCUAAGAUGGCGGACCGGCGGCGGAGGAGGAGGCGCGCGUCUCAGGACAGCGAGGACGACGACGAGUCCGGCUCGGGUUCGGACAGUGGGAGGUCCGGUUCUCCAGCGACAAAGGCCCGAGGCCGAGAACCCGUUCCGGUUGAGGCGCCAGUGAGCCGGUCCGAGGCGAAAAGCGAAGUUGAGUCCGAGUGUGAGAGUGAAGACGGAGCAGGAGAAGCCGUCCUCUCGGAUUACGACAGCGCCGAUCCGGAGGAGAACGCUUCCCACUCAGAGGGAGGAGAGGAGGAAGAGGAGGGUUUCAGCGAGGAAGAGGCUCCAGCAGCAGCCAGCGAACCCAAACCCGCUGCUGCUGAUGGACCCACACAGGAUGAUGGAGAGGAGAAGGAUAAGGAGGAAGAAGAGGAACAAGAGGAGGAGGAGGAGGAGGAAGAGGCAGGAGGGUCCAGUAAGGAGGAGAGCAAAGCAGAGGAGAAGGGAAACCUGGCAGGAGAGAGGCAGAGCGGAGAUGGACAGGAGUCCACCGACGACCCGGAGACGAAGCCUGGUCAGCAGCUGGACGACGACGAAGACCGGAAGAACCCGGCUUACAUUCCCAGGAAGGGUUUGUUCUUCGAGCACGACGUCCGCGGACAGACUCAGGAAGAGGAGAGGCCUAAAGGUCGGAACAGGAAGUUAUGGAAGGACGAGGGCCGCUGGGAGCACGACAAGUUCAGGGAGGAAGAGCAGGCGCCCAAGAGCCGCGAGGAGCUCAUCGCCAUCUACGGCUACGACAUCCGGAACGGCGGCGGCAGCGGCCCUGGAGACCGGGCGUACAGGCAGCGCAGACCCAGGCAGAGUUCUCCUCCCGGCAGAGACAAGCGGUGGAGAGACGGGCAGAGACCGGCCCGGACCUGGCAGAACCGAGGAGGAGUACCACCUCCACCUUCAUCUGUCCCUCCACCCUCCUCUUCCUCAGCGUUUCCUCCCCUCUCUGCUGCUCAGCGGAGCAACAACUCCUCCAGGCCGCCGCCCUCCCGCAGCAGACCCCCUCACUACAGCCAAGUGCACCCGUUGUCUCAGUCAGAGUACAGGAACAAUGAAUCCAACGCACCUCAGGUUCAUCCCAGAGAGCGGCACGCCCCAAAAACUCAACUGGACCCGUCGGGAGACAGAGGCGGGGCCGGUAGAAGUGGACGGGGCCACGGAGGAAGAGGAGGCUCCUCUGUGGUCAUUGAGGAGGUUUCAGACGGCCAAUCAGGCGCAGCGGAGGAGGAUUCGAGGUCAGACUCUGCAGCGACGGCUGCAGCAAGGCAGCCGGGCGGGUAUCAGUCACCGAGACGACAGCAUCAGGAACAAAGAGGCAGCGGGGACAGAGCUGCCUCCGGAUUGGCUGCCUCCACCUCUGACCCCGCCCUCCAGUCUUCAGCAGCCAAUCGGGAAGCCUCUCCACCGGCUGAGCGCCCCGUUGAACGUAAAUCGUACUCUCUGGCCCGCAGGACUCGCUCGCGGCCGUCAGACCUCGGCAGCAAGCAGGCCUCAGUGGAGGAGUCAGCAGCGGGGGGAAACAGCUCCUCACCCAGCAGCGGAGGGGGCAAGGGCUGGACGGGGGGCAGUGAUGGGGGAAGUCAGACAGCAGCGGGCGGGGGAGGGGUCGCCGAGCUGGACCAGGAAGUGGCCCGGCUCAAUCUGGUCCGACAGACCUGGAGUCAGAGUCCAACGUCGUACGUACGCUCCGAGAUGAGAGGUCUUCCUAACCCCAUCCACAUGGCCAGUGGGCCGCCUCAGUACUCCAACAUGGAGGAGAUGGGCGUGGGCUCCAACCGGGCCAAGCGUUACUCCUCCCAGCGUCAGAGAGCCGUUCCAGAACCGGCCCCGCCCAUGCACCUGGGAGUGAUGGAGACUGGACACUACUACGAGCCCAUGUCGUACCAGGGACCAAUCUACACCCACGGAGAAGGCCCCGCCCCCAUCCCGCCCCAGGGCAUGCUGGUCCAGCCAGAGAUGCACAUCCCUCAUCCUGGUCUCCAUCCCCACCAAUCAGGAGGCCCCAUCGCUAACCCCGCCCUCUACGGAGGCCCACCUGUCUCCCUGUCACCGGGGCAACCACAGCAGCUGCUGCCUCCUCCGUUCUACCCUCCUCCUGGGGUCAUGACCUUCCCCUACCCUGCCAUGUAUCCAAGCCCACAGGGUCAGACCCAGGUGACGUACGGCGGCGUCACGUACUACGACACCAUGCAGCAGCAGGCUCAGCCCAAACCGUCGCCCCCCCGCCGCACCUCUCAGCCCGUCACCGUCAAACCCCCCCCUCCAGAGGUUCCCUACGCCUCAGAGUGACUCCGCCCUCAUCUCCUUCCCCGCCUCAGGCUCCGCCCCCACCCUGACCUCAGAGCUGCAGGAGCAGGGUGGGAGGAGCAGUGAGGCCCAAUCAGACGACACCGUGAGGGGGCGGAGGGCAGGACGAGACGGACUCUUCUGGAUCAGAACUUUCCUUUAUUCCCUUUUCAGUCACUCUGACGGACAGACGGAUGGAGCGGACCCGCUAACGACUUCAUGUCCUGUUUGUCUGAAUCUACUCCAACGGUUAUAGCUCUACAGGAUCUGUUAGCCAGAACUGGAUCGGGUCGACUGCCCCGGUUCUGUUCGGAUCACAUAUUUCAGAUGCAGAUAUUUUAUGACAUAAUAAAUCUUUCCCGGUAAACGGCGACGUUAUAAACCUAAAAGCGCAGAUUUUGAGACCUGCCUCUGUUGGCGCCACCUGGUGUUGCUUAGUGUUGCUGUAAAUAGAAGCUAACUGUAAAUAAAAUCUGGAAGAGAUUAAAUAGAUCCGUGAACUUAUUGUAAUCAGAGCUGAGUCGUCGGCAGGGACCUGAAUGUUAACGGUGGAGUUAAUAGAGAGAGAAAUAGUUUAUGUCUUCCUUUUAUUAAACCUUUCAUUUUCAUACUGUUUUACUUUUUUAUUAUUAUUUGCAGUAGGCGACCAUCUGCUCUGAUUUUUGUUUUCAUGUUCGGACCAGAGCGUAGCAGAACCCCAGACGGACCCAUUAUUAACUGAAUUUUACGGUUUCCUGGAGAAAAAUUUCCUUUUUAUUUUUUUUUGCUCAUCUCUUUCUGCUCAGUUCUCUGGAACGUUUUUGGUUUGUUGUCAGAUUAAAGUUUCUGAUUCUGUCCUGAA